CUGAACAAAUUCACUGUUGUUAAUCUGUUGCACUCAGUCUCUCGCGCACGCACACGACUAGUCGAUUAAGAGGAGUUGCUGAAAUGGCCGAAGAGGCGGGCGUGUACGAGUAUGAUGCCCCGUCUCACGUCGUCGACUUCAAGCAACUGGAAAACGAGCCUUGCGAUGAUUCAUGGUUUGAUCAACAGGCCAUUGGACAAGAUGUGCUUGCUGACAAAGCUGUACAGCUUCUCAGGCCACAUGAUGGAACUCUCAAACCCAGCGCCAUCGUGGGUCCAAUGAGGACUGCAGUUACAGAUGCUGCUUCCGGUGCUGCCGACUCUGAACCAACUUCCAAUGCUGGAGCCAUACCAAAGACCAGCGUCCAACCGCGCAGGGUUUCAAAACGUAAAGGGCAUGGAGGCAAUUCACCUUCCCAACCACUCAAAAAGUAUAAAAAGAGUCCUGUUCUGCAGUCAACUCAAAAAUCCACUUUAACACAGCGCAAGCGCACACAGCCAAGGACCCGGAGUGCAACUUGUGCUAAACCUACCACGAGCGCUGAGGGGCAAGUCACAGAAGGCCACAAUGAAGAGGAAGAACCUCAAGCUACUUCAUCGGAGAGUCACGGCCAUAAAGAACCUUCUUUCUCAUCAAAUGUAGGUGGUUCCCCUGUGCCCAGACCUGUGAAGUCUUCGAUGGGCACCAAGAAAAAGCUGACCAAAGACCCCUAUGUGCCGGUGGCCCAGCACAUAAUGCAGUUACAGAAGCGAACACCUCAGCGCUUCCAUCAACUGAGUCGGCAGGCCAUAGAAAAAGGUCCGCCCAAAGCGAAGGGUCAGCGCCUUCAGCUCACUCGGCCUCAGUCCCCUAAUUUCUCAACGAGACUGAGGAGCCGACCCCAAACUGUGAAGAGCAGUGCUGAACUGGAGGCUGAAGAGGCAGAAGAGCUUAAAUUCAGUUUCAAAGCCCAAGAGCUGAACAAAAAAAUUCUGGAGAAACAGGAGGUUGUGAAAAAGCCCGAGGUGAAGGCGCCCACUGUACAAGAGGCUUUCAGCAUGCACAUUGAAAAGAGGCUUCAGGAGAGGCAGGCAACCAAACCCCAAGAAGAGAUGCAGCCCACUUUCAAAGCACAUGAGCUGCCCAGGAAGAUCCUCGAAGGAGUCGUGGGAGUUCCAGAUAAGAAAGUCAAGCAGCCAACUGUGCCACACUCUCCAGCGUUCAUCCUCUCCAAGAGAACUCGCAUUGACAUGAAAGUUGAAGAGGCAAAACCCCCUUCGCCUAUGAAGCCUCCCCCAGUUCCUCACUUUGGCGUCCCCUUCCUGCCCAUGCUGCCAGAGAAGCGACACACUGAGGUGUGUCCUUUCUCUUUUGAGCAGAGGGAGCAAGAGAAGAGGAAGCAGAAGACGAGGGAGCAAAAGGAAGAGGUUCCGACAUUUAAGGCUCAGCCAUUGCCACACUUUGACACGGUGGUCCUUCCUGAGAGGAAGAAGCUGGAGCCCACAAAGCCUGAACCCUUCAGACUACUGGCAGACGAGCGUGGCUCUGUCAAGAAUGACCGCUGGGAACACAUGGUGAAAGAGGAGCAGAGGAAAAUGAAAGAGGCUGCAACAUUCAAAGCCAGGCCAAACAAAAUCACCCACAAGGAACCUUUCCAGCCCAAAAAGGAAGAUCGGACUGCAGUGGGAGUGGAGGCCUUUGAGCUGGCAACAGAGCGGCGUGCUCGAGACCGCUGUGAGUUUCAGCAGCUACUUUGUGAGAGAGAGGCUCUUUUAGCACACAUGGAAGAGCAACAUCGACGCGAGCAGGAGGAGAAGCAGAAAAUGGAGAUCGUCAAGCUACGACAAGAACAAGUCCACAAGGCACAACCCAUCCGCCACUACAAGACUGUGGAAGUGAAGAAGAGUGACGCUCCACUCACAGUUCCCAAGUCACCCAACUUUUCUGACCGCUUCCGCCUAUAAUCACAUUGCCUGCUUUCUUUGUUUCAUCUUUGUUGGUUUUUACUCUAUGCAGUGACUCUUUUAGUUGGCAUUUUUAACUUCGUUAUUUUUUUAAAUUUUAAAUGUAAAAUGACCACAAAACAGAAGUUUCCCCAGUAUCUUCAAUGUCACUUGACAUGUAAAUGAAAACGCUUAACAUAUUUUCGUUUGAAUUUGCAUGGCCUGACUGAAACAGAAGUGGUCAGACAGUGCCAGUCAGUGCUAUGCCAUGUGACUGAUGUGUGAUUGUGUUCUAUACCAUAGCAGACUUUGACAUAGUGUUGUGAUUUAAAUGUGAUGUCUGUGUACAAAGUACCCUGAAAUAAAACUACAAAAAGGCAGUGUUGACAGUACAAGUAUUUAUUGGGCUGACCUGUUUUUUACAGUUAAGGCACAAGAACGGCUGUCAUUUCAACAUUGAGGUUUUACAAAAAGUGGAGUAAAUUUUCGUACCAACCACUAUGAGACAUAUGCCCCACACUGCCAACUUCAGGCACAUGAGAGUAGGCGUGGGACUUUUCAGUGGCAACAGUCCCCCGUUAUGUGGGAAAAAAUAAAUAC